CCGACCUUUCAGCCGAUCGUCAGCCAGCAACAACGAAAACCGCAGCCAUGCAGAUUUUCGUCAAGACCCUCACGGGUAAGACCAUUACCCUCGACGUCGAGUCGAGCGACACCAUCGACAACGUCAAGACCAAGAUCCAGGACAAGGAGGGUAUCCCCCCGGAUCAGCAGCGUCUUAUCUUCGCUGGUAAGCAGCUUGAGGAUGGCCGCACCCUGAGCGACUACAACAUCCAGAAGGAGUCCACCCUCCACCUGGUCCUCCGUCUCCGUGGUGGUAUCAUCGAGCCCUCCCUUAAGGCUCUCGCCUCCAAGUACAACUGCGAGAAGUCCAUCUGCCGCAAGUGCUACGCCCGCCUUCCCCCCCGUGCCACCAACUGCCGCAAGAAGAAGUGUGGUCACACCAACCAGCUCCGCCCCAAGAAGAAGCUCAAAUAGACGAUUAUCUUAUUACGGUUUUUCUGCGUUGCUGGGGAAAAGAGCUGCUGGGGUUACGAUACGAUUG